AUGGAGGCAGCUCCCGUGCUGUCAACCCCGGACGAUCGAAUCCUCGAGGCCACCGAGCCCGUCGUCGCCAACGAUGCGAAGCAGCCGCUGUCCGACGAUGAACUUUCCAUCACCUACGACAUCGAGCGCACGCUGCAAGAGAUCCGCCAGGCGCGGUACAAGCGCAUUGCCCUUCAGUUCCCCGAUGAUAUGCUCCCAGAUGCUCCACGGGUUUUCCAACUACUCAGCCGUGGCCUCAACUCCGAGGACGUUGCCAGUGCGAAUGGGACUCAGACAACCGGCCAGACAAAUGGUGGCGCAACGGAUGCGGAAGGAAGCAUAACUGACUCGGUGUCUCGGCUGUCUGUCGCUGGUGAGACUGAGAAGUGGUCUCCUCGUCUCUACAUUCUGGCCGACACCUCGUACGGUACCUGUUGCGUGGACGAGGUAGCUGCGGAGCAUGUGGACGCCGACGUCGUGGUGCAUUACGGAAGAUCUUGUCUGUCGCCGAGUGCCAGACUACCCGUGAUCUACGUCUUCACACACAAGGCCUUGCCUUUGGAGCCCGUCGUGGAGGCGUUCAAGACGACCUAUCCGGACUUGUCGACCAAGGUCAUCAUUGCAGCCGACGUGACUUUCUCCGGUCAUGUCCCCGAACUCUACGCUCGCCUGGUGCAGGAUGGCUACAGCAAUUUGUUUGCUACCGAGGUUGCUCACGAGCCCUCCUCGCCCAUUCCCAAUCGCACUGUGCCCGAGACAAUUCGAGAAGCUCCGGAGACACUGUCAGACUGGCAGCUGUUCCACAUCUCUGAUCCACCUACUGCCCUGCUCUUGACCCUUGCUUCGCGCGUUGCCGCCAUUCAUAUCUACCCCACGAGUAACCCAAGCAACACUAAUAUCAAGCCACUUCCCGCUUCUACUUCGGCCGCCUUACGCCGUCGCUAUGCGAUUUUGACUUCCUUGAACACUGUUCCUAUCUGGGGCAUUCUGAUCAACACUCUUAGUGUCAAGAACUAUCUGCACAUUGUGGAGCAUGUGAAGGAGCAGAUUGCCGCUGCAGGCAAGAAGAGCUAUAUGUUCGUCGUGGGCAAACUCAAUGCCGCCAAGGUCGCCAACUUUAGUGAGAUUGGCGGCUGGGUGGUUAUUGGUUGCUGGGAGAGCUCGCUGGUGGACAGCAGGGACUUCUGGAAGCCCGUCAUCACUCCAUUCGAGUUGGAACUGGCUCUGAAGAGCGAUGCCGAGCGAGUUUGGACCGGAUCGUGGCAUAGCAACUUCCAGGCCAUCCUGGACAAGCCUGCCGAGGAGGAAUCCAAGGAAGACGAGCAGGAAACCUCAAAUGGCGGAACUGACAACGUCGACGAGGAGGAGGACAUGUCGGAACCCGAGAGUGCACCGCCCGAGUUCGAUUUACGUACAGGACGAUACGUCUCGCAUUCCCGUCCGAUGCGAGAUCCCGCACCCCGCGCUUCUUCCCAGAUCGACGGGUCGACCGCGGCCGGCCCAUCCGCUGCUAGGGCUCUGGCCCGACGAGCUAAGGGCGACUUAGCGAUGAUCGGCGGCGCCGUCUCGCCAGGGGCGGAGUUCUUACAGUCCCAACGGACAUGGAAGGGGUUGGGAAGUGACUUCGAUAUUCGGUAUGAUGAGGAGGAAGAGGAUCCAUCGGACAGUACGCUUGUCAAGGAAGGGCGCAAGGGUAUUGCGAGGGGGUACACUGUGGGCGAAUCGAGCGAGAAACAUUAG